UUUCACCCUCUACUUGGUGUAUUGCGCUUGCCCAUCUGCUGACAGUGGCAUUUCCCACAGCAGCGAACGCAGCACCGCUCUGUUCAUUCCUGCAGUGUCCCGUUGUAGGACAGUCUGCGUGAACUCGGGAGGGGAAGCUCGCGCUGUUAAAACUCCCAGGAUUUACACUCUGCCAUUUUGAGGAAAACCGGCCGACAUCAGGAGUACAGCCGCGUCCAUGAAACAGAAGUCAUGACCUGAAUUAGUGACCCACCACUGUGAAUCUUGGAGACGGCCUCAGGAGGACUGCUAACCCAACAAAGGAGAGAUUGUUGAUUUGAAAGCGGCCAUCAGACCUCUUCAGCCAUGUGUUCCACAAAUCACUCAAACUGGGUCACGUUUGAAGAUGACAACACACCACUCUCAUCACCUCAGAAGCCUCUACAGUCACCAGGGCUUAUCAAAGCAUCAGUACCGCGUCCCAAUGGUCUGAAAUUAGUUCUUCCUCCAAUUAGAGAUACUUCCUGGAGCUUCAAUAGUUCUCUGGAAUCCCCUCAAAGCUCCUCGAGUCUUAGUGGAAGUUCCUAUGUACCAUGUAACACGCCCUUUUGCACUCCUGUGAGUGGGGUUCCUAGCAGUGCGUCCCCAUUUCACUCCAACACCUGGGAAAAGAACGAUUUCUUCCGGAGUUUGUCCAGCACGCCUAACACCUCUGUACACUCUACUGCACCAGAGGCCCUGCAUCAAACCUCAGAUGGACCAACCCCUUUCCCCUCUUUCCAGGGGAACUCAGGACACUAUAACCCCUUCUGGGAUGGAUCUAGACACAGCGCAGAUGUGGACAGCUCCUCGUCAGACUCAGAAUCGGAGAACAGCCUACCACGCUUCUUUAUUCGGACCAAAGACGGCGAUGAGCCACCACGUGACCACCUCCAGAGCUCCUUCUCCUAUGUUUGCCACAAACUGGAAGGCCUACGAGCCCACGAGGCAGAGACAGAAAAAGAUGGGGAGAGGCGGCUAAGUUGUAAAAGUGAGGUUUUAAGCGAGGGCUCGUCCCAGUUUGUUCCUCGGGGUCUGUUUCGUAGCCAGAAGAGAGACGGCUGGUCUGUCUUGCUCAGGAUUCCUGAAAAAAAGAACCGCAUGUCCUCGCGGCAGUGGGGGCCAAUCUACCUCCGCUUGUUGCCCGGAGGUGUGCUGCAGAUGUACUACGAGAAAGGGCUGGAGAAGCCAUUCAAAGAGUUCCAGCUUCUCCCCCAGUGCAGGCUCUCAGAUCUGAAACUGGAAAGCUACGGCGAGCCCCGGAAAGUCCUCUCGGUCAAGGUGGAACAUUUCUCGUACACAGAGAAGAAACGCUAUCACCCUAAGCUGGAGGUUAAUCAUGAGGCGGAGGCAGAAGAGCUGCUAAAGUUUGGCUCCACAGUCCACGACGACAUGGAGGACCUGGUAGUCUCCAUUGAAGAAGAAAUCUUCAAAUUGUGUAUUCACCACCAGCAGAGGCGGCACUACGAGGAACAGGAGCUGUCGUUGCAGAUCACGGAUCAUAUCUGGGUACAACUGGAUAAAUUUGGAGAGGUCAUGGAGCGGACAGCCUUCACCCAGAUUCACUGUCUCGCUUUCCUGAACGGACUAGGGGAUUGUUUUCUCGCCCUUAAUGAUCUUGGGCUGCUGCGCUUUGACUCCAGCUACGGGUCUGAGGAUGACGGUGAACUCUGGAUGGAGAUUGCAGACUGCCACUUUCACAGAUGUGUGAAUGAGACAGAGUUUCAGAGGUCCCGGCUGAUAAAGUUCUCACCUCCAGAGGCCUGCAGGGUGGAGCUGAUGCGGUAUAAGACAGCGUUUUUGGGUUGCACAGAAAUCCCCUUCUCGAUCAAAGCUGUUGUCACAGUUCAAGGUGCCUAUGUGGAGCUCCAGGCCUUUCUUAACAUGUCGGCCACCUUCCUUUCCACAGCGAGCGUGUCUGACACGAACCCACUGUGUGAGAAUGUAGUGAUCCGUGUGCCUGUGCCAGGUGACUGGGUCAAAGUGACGCAGACAGUGGCCUUGCUGCGGCAGAGGUCGCUGAAGGCCCGUAUGAACAGAAACGCCUGCUUGGGCGCUGUCAGCGCUGCAGAUUCACAGCCUGUCAUGCAGGUGACAAUCGGCACCGUCAAGUAUGAGAAUGUAUAUUCAGCCGUCGUGUGGAGGAUCGACAGACUGCCCGCCAAGAAUACAGCGGUGGAUCAUCCCCAUUCAUUUUCCUGCAAGCUAGAGCUGGGAUCUGAUCAGGAGAUCCCAAGUGACUGGUACCCUUUUGUCACAAUGGAAUGUGAAAUUAUGGGCGCGGUUGUGUCACAGACCAGGGUGAAGUCACUGGGCACCGCCAACGACAUCCAGCCUCAGAAACAUGUGACCAGUUGGACACGCUAUCAUUGUCAGGCCAAACUCUACUUGUCCAUAAUUGAUGAUGUGAUAGAGAGUAUGAGGGAGCUCUUCUUGGAUGAAGGGCUUGAAGACCGCAUCCUGGACGAUUUAAGGCAUCUUUGGGAGUCAAAGAUGAUGCAGUCAAAAGCAAUGGAAGACUUCAGGAAAAAUAAUAUCAACUCAUCCAACUUUGUGCUGCAGCUCCCCGCCAACUACAGUCAGACUGAUCAAGAGCUCACAGCCUCAGUUGUGAUCCCUGCAAAUCAGAGCAUUCACAGUUUCCAAAGGAAGAGCAACUCAGAGGCACUUGCUACUUUUUCUCUCCCUGCUGGGUUGUCGUACCCUGUACAAAUACCAGCUGGAGUCACUCUGCAAACAGCUUCUGGUCAACUCUACAAGGUCAAUGUUCCAGUUGUGGUUACUCAGGCCCCAGCAGGUCAGCCACCUGUAUCUCAAAGCAGAGAGAAAGUCACUGAGCAGAGAGAAGCUCCUGCCCCUCAGUCAGCUGCAGCCCCACCAAAUGCCACUUAUCCUCAGGAGGUAGAGCCAUCCUCUGCACCCUCUGCUCCAGCCACUCCUGUCACACAGCUGCCACAUCCAAAGACCACUUUACCCCCCGGACGUGAGAGCAGCCUCUCACAGCAGCCACCAGCAGUUCCUGCUGCUGAGACCUCGCAGCUUGAAGGAGCCCACUCUCCAGAGCCAGAGGUCACACUGCAGGAAAAAGAUCCGAGUCCACAACAACCCGAACCUUUGAACCUCAGCGUGAGCGCCUCACCCUGCAGUCAGCUAUUAGACUUCCAGAUUAGCAGCGAGGAAGCUUUGAUUCAGUCGGCAGAGUUAAAGACCAGAGACAUUGAUGACAUCCUGAAAGAAGUGAUUGAGGAGGAGAGAGAGAAGGCAGAAAGGGCGAGGAAUCUAAUGCCUGUGAGGACUGACAACCAGGCUGAGGACGAUCUUGGACUGGACCUGGACUACAACUACAGCGAGCUGUCAGACAUCGUUCAGCUGGAUGGACCUGCAGGCAACUCUGACAUGGAGGAGGAAGAGGGAGUUCCCCUGGAAGAGAACGACUUUCUGGGUAUAAUCAACGCUGAGGCCAUCAAAGCCCUGCAGGAAGGAGAUGGAAGCAGUGACGGUAACAGCAUCUCCUCCAGCGACAGCGAGGAGGCAGAUGAGCUCGCUAAUGUAGAGGAAGAGGAUCCUUUGAAUUCAGGUGAUGAUGUGAUUGAGCAGGACAUCCCGGAUCUCUUUGACACUGACAAUGUAAUCGUCUGUCAGUACGACAAAAUUCACCGCAGUAAGAACCGCUGGAAGUUUCAUUUAAAAGAUGGAGUGAUGUGUUACGGAGGUAGGGACUAUGUGUUCUCUAAAGCUGUUGGGGAAGCCGAGUGGUGAUGAGCUUUCUCCUGAACACAUCAGAUAAUCAUGUUGAUGAUGGGAAACUGAUUUAAAGGGGGGAAAUAAUCAGUGAAUUUAGAACUCUUGGUGUUGUAAUUUCACUCACGGAGCCGGCAGUUAAAACACCUCUGUGCAAAAUCACUGAUACUUUUGUUUUUUUUCAUUAUGUAAUUAUCAGAGCAAUACUGCAAGUCAUUUACAGCCAAUUACUCGCGGCGCUGCUCUACCGAGACAAACAGCAUGAAUUUAUGUUGUAUAAUAUUUAGCUGAGAAAUAGUUUUCUUUAUUAGUGGAGCAAAACAUUAUUUGACCUGGAAUGUGUUUUUCUUCUGUCAUAAUCAUGUUGCUUUCAGGCUACCUAAUGU